CGAGACCCGGGGAAAGGGCUGGGGCCGGGCAGGAAAGUGACUCUGCACCAACGGCCCCUCCUCGCCCCAGCUCUGCUCCCGGGGAGCGGGGGUCUGCGAGUCUCAGAGCUGCUGCCUUCCCUGAUCCCCCCCCGCUCUGCCCCCCUGAGCGUCUGCAGGAGCCGAGCCAGCUCCGGAACUUUAUAACACCAACGCCUCUGUUUGUGUGUGUUUCUCUUUGUCGUUCGACGGCCUGAAAGCCCCCCCCCCACCCCGGCUCUAGUUAAUCUAGAAUAAGGAUUUCUGGUUCCCCAAUGCAAAGUGAUCUCACUGAUGGACGGAGGGGAGGAUCCCCAGGUCCCCAGUCUCCAGGGCUCUGAGGAACAGGAGAUCCCAAGGAGCCCCCGCACAGAUGAGGAAUCAGCUAAGCUGGUUCAGAAACUGUCAGCAAGUGAAGGAAAACAUCUGGGGUUCCCACCAAGGCCCUGUGAGCACCCCUUGUUCUUCUUCAUCUCAGCCAGACAAGGAUUGUCACCACCAGCAGGUGAUGAGACAGUGAGUGAGAGCAAGGAGGAGAACCCUCAGCAGGAAGGUCCUGAGCAAAUGGAACCACAGGGGGCACUGUCGGGAGAUGCUGAAAUGAACAUUUUCCAGAAUCCUGGGCAGGGAGAAGCCCAUGAGAGUCAGCAGGGAAACCAGCUGGAGGAGAGACGGGGUGAAUCCACACACCAUGUGGGAGCUCUCAAGCACGGCAUGGCUGGUAGGACGCUGCCCAUAGGUGAGAACCAGAGCACCUGCACUGAAUGUGGGAAGCAGUUCAGCCGGAGCUCAUAUCUGGCGCAGCACCAACGGGUGCACACAGGGGAGCGUCCCUAUACCUGUGCCACCUGCGGGAAGAGCUUUGCUGUCAGCUCUGCCCUGCUCCGGCACCAGCGCACUCACACAGGUGAGCGGCCCUACCAGUGCCCCGACUGCCAGUGCAGUUUCAGCCGCAGCUCCCACUUGAUGCGGCACCGGCGCUGCCACGCACAGGAAGGGCCCUGCCAUGGGCUUGGCUUGCCGGGCGAGCGCCCCUUUUCCUGCCUGGACUGCUGGCGGACAUUCAGCCAGAGCUCGGACCUGGUGCAGCACCAGCGGGUGCACACGGGUGAGCGCCCCUACGCAUGCACCGACUGUGGGAAGAUCUUUGGCCGCAGCUCACACCUGCGGCAGCACCGGCGCACACAUACUGGGGAGCGCCCCUACACCUGCCAGGAUUGUGGGCGCUGCUUCAGCGAUGGCUCCUACCUCAUCAAGCACCAGCGCACCCACACUGGUGAGAAGCCCUACAUCUGCCCUGACUGUGGCAAGGGUUUCAGCGUCAGCUCACAGCUGGUUCGGCACCAGCGCGUCCACACUGGGGAGCGGCCCUACACCUGCUGGGACUGCGGGAAAAGCUUCAGCCAAGGCACAGACCUGGCCACCCACCAGCGGUCCCACACGGGUGAGCGCCCCUACGCCUGCCCUGACUGCGGGAGGGGCUUCAGCGACAGCUCCUCCCGCAUCCGGCACCACCGGCUGCACAUCCAGGAUGCCCCAUGAUGGGCUGGUCGUGUGAUGCAGUCAAUAUUACCCCGGCAACUAGGACCGGGCCCCUGUUUGAUGGGUGCUGUACACCAUAGAACAAAUUUACCCUAAUUGUGAGUGUAACUGUAAAACAUGCGUAUAACUUCCUAGCAUGUUGCACUAUCAAAGCCCAAUGAACGUUGCUGGGAAAAGGUGCAAGGAGGAGACAGAGUGAAUCAGCCAAAUAAAAAGGCCUUGUGAUGUAACUCAG